AUGCCUGUUACAACGAGGAGAAUAAGCCGAGAACAGGAGCAGGAGGGACUGAGGCCCCCAUUCGAUGACGAAGUUUCCGAAUGUGUUCAAUUAUAUCCUCAUCCCCGAAGAGAUCAGGCGUACGUAGGGGUAAUGGACAUAGUUGGUGAGGAUGGGUCUGGUUCAGCACCGUGUAUCCAGACGACCGAUCUAGACUCGAUCACCCACGGCUCCCGCAAGCCGAUGCACGAAUUCGACUCCCCCUUUCUUGGCUGGACAGAGGAUCAGGUCCGUGACUGGGUUAUAAAGCAUAGACAUCCGAACUUCGCCUAUUUACAUUUACAAUCCUUGAUCAACGAACAGUUGAUAUGA